AAAUGUGUUCGCUUAUCUGUUGAAACUACAUUGUUCUUUCUCCUACAGGUUAUAACAGUUUUUCUAAUAUUUAUAACUUUAAAAUGUCCCUUACUCGAACUGCUAGUUCUGUUUUAAAGAAGUGCUGUGAUCUUAAGAUUUUACACCGCGCAUCUUCAUCUCUCUCCUCUUCCUCUGAUCCUCUCUCUUCUACAACGUCUCGUCAAUUUGCCCUCUACGGGGGAAGACAGACGGUGACUCUUAUACCAGGUGAUGGUAUUGGACCCGAGGUCUCAGAUGCAGUGAGAAAGAUUUUCCUCAGUGCAGGAGUUCCCGUGGAUUUUGAGGAAGUCAACGUAACUUCAAGUAAUCUAAGAUCUGGUUCUUGUGAAGAUGCUCUUGUCUCCAUAAGAAGGAAUGAGGUUGCAUUGAAAGGAAACAUUGAAACAAACGUGGAUGAAUUGGAUCUUGAUGAAAAAUCUGCCAACGUUAUUUUGAGAACUAAACUUGACUUAUUUGCGAAUGUAAUCAAAGUAAAAAGUAUUCCUGGCAUCAUAACUCGACACAACAUGAUUGAUAUUCGUCUCAUACGAGAAAAUACUGAAGGAGAAUAUUCAAACCUCGAGCAUGAGGGAGUACCUGGUGUUGUGGAAAGCUUAAAAAUAAUAACUGCGAAAAAUUCUUUACGUAUCGCUCGUUUUGCGUUUGAAUAUGCGCAACGGAACGGAAGAAAGAAAGUAACAGCUGUGCACAAAGCAAACAUCAUGAAACUGAGUGAUGGUCUAUUUUUACAAUGUUGCCGAGAAGUUGCGUGCGAUUUCCCCGAUAUUGAGUUCGAAGACAUGAUUAUUGAUAACACUACCAUGCAGAUGGUGUCCAACCCAUACCAGUUUGAUGUUAUGGUGAUGCCAAACCUUUACGGGAAUAUUCUUGGAAAUGUUUGCUGUGGUCUAGUUGGUGGUCCAGGUGUUGUAGCAGGGGCCAACAUCGGGUCUAAACAUCGGGUGUUUGAAACUGCGACUCGAAACACUGGAAAGAGCAUUGCUGGUUUGAACAUUGCAAAUCCUUCAGCGUUUAUAUUUUCCAGCUCUCACAUGCUUAAAUAUAUUGGGUUACACAAAUACGCGAGUCUCAUCAGUCAAGCUUUGGUUGAUACUUUGCAACUAGAUCGGAUACAUACUCCGGAUCUGGGAGGUAGUCACACCACAAGUGACGUAGUCGAUGCUGUUUGCAAACGGGUCGAAUCCCAAGCUUAUAAAGUUCGUUACGACCAGACACCACACAAACAGCAUGGCUGGUAAAUUGAAGAAAUCUCAUUCGGUUUUCGACUUCAGGAAGGUUCAAAUCAACGUCGUUCUUGUCUUUUCAUUCUUGCUGCUCAGUUCUGUAUUUAAAUCUUGGAUUCUUGACGGUUAUUUAUAACGGAAAAUCCGUUUUCAUAUUUUAGCUUUUUACACUUUAUAAUCAAUCGCGUUUUGUCAUACACUGUGCAAUGCACUCUCUUGGCUCUGAUGAGAAGAGAGCUUGAUGGAUUGGCAUUCAGUAAGAAGUUGUGUGUCGUAGUUAUGUUGUAUGUCUGCAUGUGAAAGUUUUUACUCUUCGUGUUUUUUAAGUAGAUAAGACCAUUUCUGUUAAAGAUUUAGCUUUUAAAUUAUUAGCUUUGUUUGAAAAAUGCCCUUGCCGUUUGACCAAUUCUGCUAAUUCAACAUGCUGCUGUUUUUAAACACUUUGUUGCAGCUUUAAGAAAGUAGAACAAAAUUCAGCAGUUUUUAAAUAAACUUUGUUGCAGUUUUUACAGUAAUACAAAAAUCUUGAGUUUUUAAAAGGAAGGACUAUAUGGUGCUUGUAUCACACUGUAUGAAGAUUUAACAGUACAGGCGAUACUGUGCCAUCUUUGUAAAAGUAGGCAUGUAUAAUGUGGACGAAGCAAUUCAUAAAUUACAUGGAAUUCGAUUUAAAAAACUGACCAGACGUUCUGUUUCAAGAAGUGAAAAUAAGCUGCUGAACACUAAACGAAUAUUUUACAAAAUAAAAGCAAAACUUUAUUGGAAAUACUGUUUAAAUUUAACACGUAAACUUUUAAAUUAGGCCAGUAUUUUGUGUGGUUGCAUUUUUCGAUCUAUCGUCUAUGGUUUUUAAAUUGUCAAAACUGUUCAAGACUUCGCAAUAAAUGAUGUUCUCCUAUUAUGGU